GGCCUGGCUCCCGCGCCCGGCGCUCGAUUGGCGCUGCCUCCCUGGCUGCACGAGGCGCGCGGCGAUGGCGGCGGACGGGGCGGGCGGCGGCCCCCCGGCCCUCGCGGCAGCUAGACGAGCCCCUCGCCGAGUGGCACACCACAUCCCCCAAGAGAUUUUGUCAGACCCAGAGCUCCAGGAAGCUGUGGGAUGCCUCCCGCGGAACUACAACUUUGAGGUCUACAAAACGGUGUGGCGGAUCCGUCAGGCCCAAGCCAAGAGGGUGGCGCUGCAGAUGCCAGAGGGCCUCCUGAUGUUUGCCUGCACCCUGGCCGACAUCAUUGAGAGGUUCACGGAUGCAGAAGUUGUGGUGAUGGGUGACGUGACCUAUGGUGCCUGCUGCGUGGAUGACUUCACUGCUCAGGCCUUGGGAGCUGACUUCCUUGUCCACUACGGCCACAGUUGUCUGAUUCCCAUCGACUCCACGCAUGGCCUGAAGAUGCUCUAUGUUUUUGUGGAUAUCAAGAUCGACACGGCCCACCUCGUCGAGACCAUCCGCUUCAACUUCCCGGCCAGGGCCAAGUUGGCUCUGGUCAGCACCAUCCAGUUCGUAUCUGCGCUGCAGGCUGCCUCCCAGGAACUCCAGCCCGACUACGGCAUCUGGACCCCGCAGUGCAAGCCCCUCUCCCCAGGGGAGCUGCUGGGCUGCACAUCGCCCCAGCUGGCCCAGGAGACGGAUGCCAUUGUCUACCUCGGGGACGGGCGUUUCCACCUGGAGUCCAUCAUGAUCGCCAACCCUGAAAUUCCUGCCUACAGGUACGAUCCAUACAGCAAAGUGUUCUCCCAGGAGCAGUAUGCCCACAAGCGCAUGCAAGAGUCGCGGAAGGCAGCCAUUCACAGAGCGGCCCAUGCCCGCAAGUGGGGCCUCAUCCUGGGCACCUUGGGGAGGCAGGGGUCUCCAGCCAUCCUGCAGCACCUCGAGUCGAGCCUCCAGGCUGCGGGGCAUCCCUAUGUCCGGCUCCUCCUCUCAGAGAUCUUCCCCAGCAAACUGCAGCUGUUCCCGGAUGUUGAGGUGUGGGUGCAGGUGGCAUGUCCCCGCCUCUCCAUCGACUGGGGGGAGGCCUUUGAAAAGCCCCUGCUGUCGCCCUAUGAGGCUGCUGUGGCACUGCAGCAGAUCAAGUGGCAGGAGAACUACCCCAUGGACUUCUACGCCAGUCAGUCUCUGGGGCCAUGGACAGUAAACCACCCCAGCCACCGGCCCCAGAAGGUGGGCAGGACCAAAGAGGUGAAGCUAGCAAAAUCCCUGCUCCUAGCUGGAAAAGAGGCCUCGGAGAGCUGCUCCUGCCAAGAGAAGGAGGUGCCAUAAACCCCACUGCUGUGAUCUCGGAGCCAUGAUCUUGGGAGGGGCCUGGCCAUUCCCAGGACUGGGUCCAGCAAUGUAUGGAGGAGCAGCAGCAGCAGGGCCUGAACUUUGGGGCACAGGUGAUUUAGGGCGAUUCCUCAAAAAGGCAGCAGCCCACCACCCCACCCACGCUCUGGUGGGGAAAAGGAGCCUGUUUUCAAACUCCAGCCUUUGACCCAGAUAGGGUGGUGCGCUCUGUUGCCAACGCUUUGGGAUGCCAGGUUUUGCCUUCAGGCAUUCCUGCAACCGUGGAUUCUGCUGGAAAACUGAAAGUGCCUUUGCUUGACUGACUGACUGUUGGAGAAAGCUAGGGCUUCGCCAGAGAAGUUUGAACUGAAAAUGAAUAUAGUCCUAAUGAUAAGCACAGGCCCUUCAAGCAGUGGGGUGAGGAAGUCCUAGCAGCAGCAAGGAGAAAAUGGGCAGGUCAGAGAGUCCAGCCAUCAGAUGGCAUCUCUGGGGAGCCAUCGGUGAAGGGAGUUCUCGUAUCCGUCCCUCCUGACCAUGGAGCGUUGAUGUCAGAGGGCCGCAACAGAUGAAACAGUCCUGCCUUCUGCUCUGGCAGGUGGCUGCUGAUACACUUGAUGAAGUAUGACUUUUAAUCAUUACUAUCAAGUCACAACUCUGGUGGUCCAUUGUUAGGGACUUAAAUGGCUUCAGAAAUGGUAA